AUGUGCUUAAAUGGUGCGAACUACCGCAUUUGUGAACAUAGUGUUGAUCAAGUAACUAAUUUCAUCGAUCUAGGCGUAACCAUGGACUCUAAGCUUGAAUUCAAAUCCCAUAUAAACUCUUGUGUUAAUAGAGCCAAGGGCGUCUUGGCUUUCAUCAAAUGUGAACGUCCAUAUAAAUGCCACUUGCCGGAUUGCGGACGCGCUUUCAUUCAAUUAUCAAACUUGCAACAACAUUUGCGCAAUCAUGACGCACAAGUGGAACGCGCCAAAAAUCGUCCCUUUCAUUGCAAUAUCUGCGGAAAGGGCUUCGCAACAGAGUCCAGCCUUCGCACACACACUUCGAAGGAGCUACAGCUGCAUCUUGGUGUCUUGCAGCAGCAUGCGGCUUUGAUUGGCGGCCCCAACGCUACUUCUUGCCCCGUAUGUCACAAACUAUUCUUGGGCGCCGAUGCUUUGAUGGAGCACAUGAAGCAUGCGCACAAGGAGAAGCCAGCGCCGAGUAGUCCUUACAUAGACAAUUCUGGUUCCGGCUGUUUACAAUCAACGUCCAACGAUGUGUAUCUGGCCAAGCGGCGCACUGCCAACCAUCCGUGUCCGGUCUGCGGUAAGCAUUACGUAAACGAGGGCUCCCUGCGCAAGCACUUGGCCUGCCAUCCGGAGACAACACAGCUCACAAAUAGCCUGCGCAUGUGGCCGUGUUCGGUAUGCCAGGCGGUGUUCACACACGAAAACGGUCUUCUCACACACAUGGAACACAUGCGCAUGGAUCCUAAGCAUCAGUUUGCAGCGCAAUAUGUUUUAUCACGAGCCGCGGCAGAGAGGCGUGAACGUGACUCCUUACUGGCAGCCACACUAGCCGCAUCAGCUGGCUGUGGGCCGAGUAGUGGUGGUGGUAACGGCGGUGCAAGUUUGCUGCCAUUGUUGGGCGAUGGUGGUGGCUCGAAUUCUUUGUGCCCGUCGCCUUCGGCCAACUCGGAAUGCUCUUCGACGGGACGCUUGUCAUCGUCUGCUGCCUCGGACCAGGGUAGUGGCAUACACUUGCUAAACAAUAAUAAUAACAAUAACAAUAACAAUAACAAUAACAAUAACAACAACUGCAACAGCAACAAAAUCAAUGAGCUGCUUAGUCGCACAGGCAGUAAUCCUCACCUGACCAGUCAGUAUGGGGUUGGCGUCGACUCGGGCCUGCACGUGGCCAACCGUAUGUCACUAAUGGCAGCAGCAUCAGCCGCAGCAGCCGCUGUGGCUGCAUCGGCAAGUGGCGUGGGAGUGAGCGGCGGUGUAAACGUUGGUGGUGUGUCUGGCAUGGGUAUGACAUCGCCGGUCGGCUGCGUCGACUCCACCAGAUCAAGUGUGCAAGCUGCCGUUGUAAACUUGGCUGCAGCGAUGCGCAUCAACCAAGUCAGCCAGCAGCAAGUCGGCGGUGCUAAUGUAGCCAGUGGUGGAGUUGGUAUAGGCGGUGGUAGCAGUGGGUCUGCAUCCAGCGCUGGCAAUAUGAUUAGCAAUAUAUCUAGUCAGCAGCUGCAAUCGCAGCAGAAUCAGCAGCAGCAGCAACAAACCCAGCAACAAGUAUCCGCCAUUGACAACAAUCAAACGUCGAGCGCAACGCCGCUUUCGUCCAGUGGGCUCCGGGUACGUGCCACCUCACCGCGUACAGGAAUGACGAACCUGCAGGCAGAUGCAUCUGCUGUUAGCGCGGUUGCGACAAUGACUGCCAUGCGCGACACCAUGAUGCGCUCCAGCAUGGGUGUUGUAGACUCACUAAGCGGCAUGCACCAGCAGCUUGACCAACAUGCUCACGGUCAUGUGCAGCACCACGCAACGACCAAUCUGCAGACAACCCACGCCAAUUACAACCAACACAGCAUGCCAUCAGCCAGCAGCGACCAUCAAGUUCAACAUCAGGCAACGGCGUCAUUGGAAAAUCCCGCCUCUCACCACCAUCAUCACCACCAUCAUCAUCUCAACCAAAUGCAGCAGCCACAUUCCCCCGAAACAGCACUACGUAUGCAUCAACAUGCCGAAGCCAUACUUCGUUCACACACGGAGGCGGCCUUUCGUCUGGCGGCAUCGGUGGCCGCGUCAAACAGUGUCAUCGGCGGUGGCGGUUCGGGCUCACAUACCUCCGUAACCGGCCCGAGUAACUUAAUGUCCGCUGGUAGUAGCGAAAGCGCGGCAACGCAAAACAACUCCUCGAUUCAGGUCAAAGCGGAAGCACAUCAAACGCAGCAUCAGCAACAACUCGACAGUGACGCGGCGAUGCAACAUCAAGAGCAACAACAGCACCAGCUCACAACGUCGCAACAACAACAGAAACUAAAUGCUGCCGGCAGCUUACAGCAAUCAACGGCCCCAGCGUCGCAACAGUCACAGCUGACCUCCGAUCUUAGCGAGGCAAUACGCCUGCAGGAGCACCGCCUGGAACAAGCGCUUCGUUUGCACAACGACGCGCGUGCACUCAACUUUCUCACUGUCGCCAACUCUGCGACAGCGACGACUAACAGUGCAGUGCUACACCACCAUCAACAACAGCAGCAACAAACUUCCGCAGCCCAACAUCAUAGCAAUGCGUGAGAACCACUCAUGAGCGAUAAACUAAAGAUCGCCUAGAUAACACCGAACGCAAAGCUAAGCUCACAGAACGCAAGUACACGGCAAAGACGGUCAAAACACCAACAAACGUAACUUAAAUUAAUUGAAACGAACCAAUUCGUAUACGGUUUUGAACAUAAUGAAAAUAGUUCAACGCAAUCCGAAUAUAAGUAGCAAUGUGGUUCAUUACUAGAAAAAUCUAUGCAUUCUUAAUUAAUUGUUAAGUAAUAAGACGAAACAGGAGAACAAGAACUCUAAGUAAACUCAAAUUGUUAACAUCAGAACGCCCAUACAACUAUAUUGAUGAGUAUGCAAAAUACUCAAAGCGUCGUAAAUAUUUAAAAAAAAAAAGGCAAGAGCCUCACCAGAUAUCCAUUUACACGUAUAAUUGACAUGAUUUGGGACAGUAAUUUUAAAGAUUCGAAGCAGAAUUAAGAAUACACGAUCAACGCGUAUGUGAUAUUAACUCCUGCAAUAAGCAUCAAGAAGGAUAGAAUACAAUAUUCCGGCAAUUGAGAGAUUAGCCCGGUGUGAUGCCACUAAAUAAGUGAUGCUCAAAACAGCGCCCGCGGGCGGAACUCUCCAAAGCCCUCUAUAGUUUUUAUAUGGGCGCGCACAGAGUAAAAGCACUCUCCGAGCAUCACUGCACUAAAUACUUAGAAUGAGAGAGUUUGAAGAAAGAAAACAAAACUAUGCAAUGUGAAAAAUGUAUCUUAUGACGUGUCAGAAUGGUAGAUGUUGUCAAAUCGACAAAUAGAGGGUUAGCGGUACGCGAUCGGCCCACCUUUGCAUCUCUAAUUCUUAGAGGUACACGGAGUGAUACCUAUGAGAUACUAACUCUCGCGAUACUAUCAAUAGCGAUGCAUUUGGGCCCACAAACUAUACAUAUCGUCGUUUAAAGUACAAAACUGGGUAAACCGCGUAACUGACAUUUGCUGCCAAAAAUUGGAUUUGCUCACACAAACUCUUGGCUCAAUCCUUAUCCAUUCGUCCUGAAAUAUACGAGCCAGAAAUGCGUUUGCGUUAUAAAA